GAGGACCCCCUCCCUCCCCGCUCACGGUAGGCGGCGGGCGAGCUAGCGGCACCGCAGUCGUGGCGGCCAUUUUGUGGCGCUGCUCGGUUGGUGGCGCCGGGUAGGCUUCGAACAGCGGAGCCGGAGUGAAGCAUUCGCUCCUUGGUCGUCCGUCUUCCCAUACGAAGCCCUCGGGGAAUAAAAGCAGCGGCUUUUUACAAAAUGAGAAAACAUCCACCAAACAGAAGAGGUAUCAGCUUUGAAGUGGGAGCCCAGUUGGAAGCCCGAGACAGAUUAAAAAACUGGUAUCCAGCACACAUUGAAGAAAUUGAUUAUGAGGAAGGGAAGGUACUUAUCCAUUUUAAACGCUGGAAUCAUCGCUAUGAUGAAUGGUUUUGUUGGGACAGCCCUUAUUUGCGUCCUUUAGAAAAAAUACAGCUACGAAAGGAAGGAUUACACGAAGAAGAAGUAUCUUCUGGAUUUCAUACAAAUGAUCAGGUGUUGGCUUGUUGGUCCGAUUGUCGUUUUUAUCCAGCCAAAGUUACUUCUGUCAACAAGGAUGGUACUUACACUGUGAAAUUUUAUGAUGGUGUAGUUCAGACAGUAAAGAAUAUACAUGUCAAAGCCUUUUCCAAAGAUCAGUCUGUAGUGAAUAAUCCAAGACCCAAGGAAAGAAGUAAUGAAAUCCCUUCAUCUCCUGAAAGAUGGGAAAAAUUUAAAGAACAGAGGAAAACAGCUGAGAAUAAAAAGAAAGACAAGGAUGAAAAGGUGUUAAAGAUUGAACGAAGGUCUAAACCUGAUAAAGAAGGAAAGCUAAUAAUUGCUUCAGAAAAAAGCAAAGUAUCUGAAAAGGCUCUGCAAAAGGAUGGGAAAGAGGACAAAGAAAAUAUAUCUGAGAAUGAUAGGGAAUUUUCAAUAGAUACCCAGAUUGAAAAGAAACCUGAAAAUGACAGUGUGAAAACCCCACCAGAAAAUCUUAAAGAAACAAAAAGACGGCGGGGUAGGCCUCCCGUGGUACCACCAGCAGAGCAAGGCUCUCAAACAUUACAGCCAAUAACUUUAGAAUUAAGAAGGCGGAAAAUACCUAAAGGAGGAGACGUCCCUUCAAAACGUCCCCGGCUCCAAAAGAAUAUGUCACAAGAAAAAUUGAAAAAUUCUCCAGACAGUGAAAAAGAUUCCAUAAAGAGGCGGUCAAGACAUUCUACAAGUAGUAAUCAAGAGGCUUUAGAUACUGACAUUGUAAUAGCACAACUAGAUGAAGUUGAAGUCCUAAAAGAUGCAGAAUCAAGCCCAAAAGACACAAGUGAAGGUCCAUCAGAAACAUGUCUUGAAUCUGACCAAAAGAUUAGUGAACAGUUGCCUCCACCUUCAGAAGUAUCUCAGACUUUAGUAGAUGACAGCAGAUUAAAGGAAGAGAAUAUAAAAGAGUCUUCCUCUGUACCAGAAUCACAAGAGUCUUCAGAGGCGUCUGUUACAGUGACCAAUGCUUCUAAGAAAACUGAUGAUUCUGCUAUUUCAAAGGUUGCAGUUGACCAUGAACCCAAAUUUCGAUGCAAAUUCUUAGACUGUUCAAAGUCCUUCAGGAAAGCAAAACUGCUGCAUUAUCACAUGAAGUAUUUCCAUGGGAUUGAGAAGUCACCAGAUCCACAGCAGAGUCCAGCAACAAGAAAUAUUCAAACAAGAUCCUUAGCUUCAGAGAAAGCUAGUCAGGAAGGUUCUAACAGAAGGCGGACCACAUCAGGUUGCUUAUCUAUUAAAGAAAAGGAGAAAAACAAAGAGAAGAAACCCAGAGAUAUUGUACGGUCAAAGUCAAAGAAAAAGAAGAAAAAGAAAAAGAAAUCAAAAUCAGAAAAUUCAGGCAGUGAAGAAAAUGUUGAGUUUUCCCAAGGUCUUUCACCUACAAGAUCAGUCACCACAGCGAGAUACAGUUCAGCAAACCGGUCUUGUGCUCAUUUGACAACACAGCUUCAUGGGUCUGAUACUGGGCACCGUAAACACAAAUCAAAAGUAACUGAGGAUGAUACUUUGAGUGAGUCAUCCACAGAUAGUUUGCUUUGGAGUGAUGAUGACUGCAGUCAGGACAUUGAUGUAACAACUAAUCCUGAUGAUGAUCUUGAAGAUGAUGAUAAUGACUUUGAAAUUGUCCGGUGCAUUUGUGAAGUGGAAGAAGAAAAUGACUUCAUGAUUCAGUGUGAAGAAUGUCUGUGUUGGCAGCAUGGAGUCUGUAUGGGAUUAUUAGAAGAUAAUGUACCUGAAAAAUAUACUUGCUAUAUUUGUCAGGAUCCUCCAGGUAAACGGUCCAGCUUGAAGUACUGGUAUGAGAAGGAGUGGUUAUGCAGUGGUCACAUGCAUGGCUUAGCAUUUCUGGGAGAAAAUUAUUCCCAUCAGAAUGCUAAGAAAAUAGUAGCUACACACCAGCUUCUUGGGGAUGUCCAAAAAGUAAUAGAAGUACUCCAUGGGCUUCAACUGAAGAUGAGCAUUUUGCAAAGCAAAGAACAUCCUGACUUAAAGCUCUGGUGUCAGCCUUGGAAGCAUCUUGAAGCUGAUGAGAAGUCUCCUAGCACGCGCCUUGUUCACAUUGAUGAAAACUGCUGCAACGAGGAGACUACAAGUUACAGAACUUUAAAUGGAACAAUUGAGAAACCUUCUACCAUUCCUUCUGUAGAGGAAUCUUAUAUCACUAGUGAACACUGUUACCAAAAACCUCGAGCCUACUAUCCUGCUAUAGAACAGAGACUUGUUGUAGAAACCAGAAAUUCGGACAUAGAUGAUGGUGUGAACAGGAUAAGAGAGAACGGAGAUGAUACUAUAGUGGAGAGAUUAGGAUGGGAACUGGAUAAAGGAAUAUGCAAGCUGGAGAAUGAAUCAAAACAUAACUAUUCUAAGGUAAGAGAAAAUAUGUCCAAGAAAGUCACAUCAGAAGAUACUAUUGAAGUGAAGCUGCUGGAAAAGGACAAGGAAGGAGUUGUGAAUUCCCAGCUGCAGUGGCAGCUUAACCUUUUAGCCCAUGUUGAGUCUCUUCAAGAUGAAGUUACACAUAGGAUGGAUUUAAUUGAAAAGGAAUUGGAUGUUUUGGAGAGCUGGUUGGAUUAUACUGGAGAGCUAGAACCACCGGAACCACUAGCUAGACUCCCACAACUCAAACAUUGUAUAAAACAACUCCUCACAGACUUGGGCAAAGUGCAACAAAUAGCGCUUUGCUGUUCAACAUGAUACUGGAGAGUUCUACAUGGUGACUGGAGCAUAUCACGUGAUGAACACUGUUUAAGUGGAAAUAGCAUGCUCGUUGCAUGUGAUGCAGGACUGACUUCAGGGAAUUGUUUCAAGACAAGUGUUACUCUUCAAGAACAGUAAUGAGGUCGCCCUUUUUGUUCAUUUGGCUUUUGCUAGGCAUUUUUUAAUGUUGUGGAAAGGGAUUUAUUCUUGUCCUCAUAGGCAAGGAGCAGGCUGGCAAUAGACUUUCACUCCUUACAUCAAGUUAUUUAGAACUUCAAGAUUGAAGUUUAUUGCAUAUAUACACUGACAAAAUUGUGCCACUGGAGAACAAAGUUCUAAGAGCCAAAAAAAAAAAACCCCAACCCCAAUUAGUUGACCGAGGUUGUAAAUUACAUUCUGCAUUGUUUAUUUAAGUGACUAGUACACCAGAUUGAGUCAUAUUUUAUUCUACUGGUUUAUGCAUAACCACAGUAUUUAAUCAACAGAAGAUAUUAUUUUCAAGCCUAGCAAAUAUGAAUGUCUAAUUUUAUUGUAAACUGUUACAAGGGGUUUGCAAAUAAUGACCUGAAACAUGUCUACUAUUUUAGAUAGAUGUAGUAGAAGGUCACAAUUUGGUUGCACUUCUUUUCCUAGUAAAUGAUUGUUUUCCAUAUUUAUCAUGUCAUAGUAGCAUGCCUUUUAUGGUACCAGGAAACCCAUUUAUGUUGUACUUCUGUGCAUUCUUGAAUUUCUGAGUCUGGCCAAUCUGUGCCUCCCAUGUUAUAGUACUAAUGAGUCCCACCCUCAUGAUAGGGUACAGAAUGGUCUGUGAGAGAAACAGUGUACUGCAAAUUCAGAUUUAGCCAUGGUCUGUGAUAGACACGGUGUAGUUUUCUACCCAAUUGUUAAUAAUUUCCAUUCCGGUUAUAGUUUCAAAUGUAGUCUUCGAAUAUUAUAAACUUUCUCCUUGUAGACACUUGUAAAUGUGUGGUUUUGGGAAUCAGUUUAUUUUAUAUAUGUGUAAAUGAAGCCUCAAGAUCUAUGCAUGAGGUACUGUCCCCACAAGCAGUGGGGUACUACGUUAAACAGUAUGUUUUCAAAAAUCCUUCUUUUUUUUGUACUUUUAUUUUCAGUUUUCUUAUUUGUAUUUGUGAGAUCAAAGUGAAAAUGCUGCUGAAGCUACAUUAUACAGUACCUUUUGGAAACAUUGGUGUAUUGUAUGUAUUGGAUAUGUUUUAAAAAAUCUUUUGCCUGAAAAUCAUAUUUCCAUAAUUGAUUUUUCUUUUUGCUAGACACCAUCUGGGACAAAAGGUUACUUUGAAGUAGACAGGAAUGGGCUAUUCUUGCAUUGAUGGAGUUCUGAAUAAGUUGUAUUUUUAUUACCUUGAUAUCACAGUUGUGUUUUUGACACCAAAGUUUAAAAUUAAAGCACAUUUGUGAGUUGAAGGCCCGUUUAAGUGUAAAUUGUUAACUAUGGAUAUAAAUCUGUAAUGCUUAUAUGCUGCAAAAAUUGAUUAUGUAUACUUCAGUUAGCCAGUGUUGUCAUAGGAGUAACAUUGACUAUAGUUAACAUUUUGACCAGCUGAUCUCUUUCAGAAAGGAUAACCACAAAAAGGCUUUUGUGCCAAGACUAAUUUCAGGGAAUAAUUUGUCUCCACUUUAUUGGCACUUAUUCAUAUGAAUAACAUCUGUACAGCAGAUAAAAUUACUUUGCUGUAAUAAUUGGAAUAAACAUUAUGUGAUUGUUAAAUGA